AGAAAUUCAAACUAAGUUUACAGUGUAAAAAGAAAGAAAAACGUGGUUUUUUCAUGGAGUAUUUAAUGUAUUUAUCAUCCCUAACUUCAACUAAUACGUGCAUUAUUUCGUCAAAAAUCCAGCUCUCUUCCACCAGGGAAAAAAAUAAUAAAAUAAAGAAAUAAUUAAAACACGAAUAUAAUAAAAAAAAUCAUAAUAAUACAAAAAUCAAUUUUUAUUUAAAAAAAUAAAAUAAAAAUAAGACGAACACAAAACAAAAACACAAGCCAAAACCAAACAACAUUCUUUUUCUCUAAUUCACGAAAUUUCCUUUCUCCUGGCUUUUUUCUUUGCAGAAAAUCAAUAAUAAAAUUACCAUCAUCAAAAAUCAGAAAAAAAUUUCUUGCCCAAAUCUUUAAUUCCCGGUAUUUUUGCCGUAAAAAAGAAGAAUUAAUUUUUUGGGGCAAAAAGUUGAAAAGGGUAGAAUCAAUUUAUAGCUGAAAUUCGAAGUUUUUAGUUUUGGGAUUUUCAUGGCGGAAACGCUGGACCCUUCGCUGGCGGUGACAGCGUUUCUUAUGAAAGACGCUUCUAAUUGGUGGAAUGAUAUCAAUGCUUCUCUUCUUUGGCAAGAUCGAAUUUUUCAUAUCUUAUCUUUUUUAUAUGGGAUUGUUUCCAUUGUUGCCCUGGUACAAUUGAUUAGAAUACAAUUGAGAGUUCCUGAGUACGGAUGGACCACUCAGAAGGUCUUUCAUUUUCUGAAUUUCCUGGUUAAUGGAGUUAGAUGUGUAGUUUUUGUGUUUCGCCGUGAUGUGCAGCGCUUGCAGCCUGAGCUUGUCCAGCAUAUCUUGCUUGAUUUGCCGAGUCUUGCAUUCUUCACUACCUAUGUACUGCUGGUCUUGUUUUGGGCAGAGAUAUACUAUCAGGCGCGUGCUGUAUCUACUGAUGGCCUCAGGCCUAGUUUCUUUACAAUUAAUGCAGUGGUCUAUACCAUUCAGAUCGCUUUGUGGUUGAUCUUGUGGUGGAAACCAAUCCCUCUUCUUGUAGUUUUGUCAAAGAUGUUUUUCGCAGGCGUGUCUUUGUUUGCAGCUCUUGGUUUUCUUCUUUAUGGAGGAAGGCUUUUCUUGAUGUUGCAACGGUUCCCUGUAGAAUCAAAAGGACGACGUAAAAAGCUUCAGGAGGUUGGCUAUGUAACCACAAUAUGUUUUACAUGUUUCCUCGUAAGAUGUGUUAUGAUGUGCUUCAAUGCUUUUGAUAAAGCCGCUGAUCUUGACGUUUUAGAUCAUCCAGUUCUCAAUUUCAUGUACUAUCUGUUGGUGGAAAUUCUACCCUCUUCUCUGGUUCUCUUUAUAUUGAGGAAGCUCCCUCCAAAGCGUGGAAUCACCCAAUAUCAUUCAAUUCGCUGAGGGUAAAUAAAGGAAAUAGAAAUGAAUAAGUAAACCUCAAGUGAUGUACUGGGAUUGAUUGUUACCCUUAUAGUCUUAUCCCCGAAAUGAAGUGCAGGAUGGCAAAAGUGAACUGUCCAAGAAGAGUUCUUCCUGUGUGUGAAUUGUCUUUGCUCAAUGCUUGUAGAUUGUUCCACUAAUCGUCUGAUUAUUAUGUGAAAUCAUGAGAGUAUAUGAUUUGAUGGAUCAUGUUCAUCUGAUUACCUCAACUUAUGUGUUACUUGUCAAAAUUAAUUCUGCCAAAUUUGAUGACAAACAGAUUCUGUGUUGACAAAGAAAUGAAAACUGGAGGAGAAAACAUAUAUUUUGGUUUUCUUCCUUCGUGUUCGGAGGACUUUUCUGUUUUUGUGUUGAAUUACAUGAUUUUAGCUAUGUAUAUGGAUAGAAGUUUUGAAUGUAAAGCUGUCAUAAUUUGGCAGCAGAGCUUGAGAAAACAGUGACAUGAGAACAAAGAUCGAAGUAUUGAAAAUUUGGGUUCUUUAAUUGAAGUUUUCUUUUCUU